AACUCAUCCACAUUGGUUCCAUCUAAGGUCCCAAGGAAAAGAAGCAGAAAAACUGAGCUUCAAAAUCAACAUGACCAAGCUCACUAUUUUAGCAGGUUUGUGCCUGGUGAUGUGCCAGCUGGCAACUGCUUCUCAGAUGGUGUGCUACUUCACCAACUGGUCCCAGUACAGACCCGGGACUGGGAAAUACAUGCCCCAAAAUGUGGAUCCCUUCUUGUGCACCCAUUUGAUUUAUGCUUUCUCCAUCAUAAACAACAACAAUGAGUUGGUCACCUAUGAAUGGAAUGAUGAGACCCUGUACAAGACCUUCAAUGGCCUGAAGAGCAAGAACCCUGAUCUGAAGACCUUGCUUGCUGUUGGUGGAUGGAACUUUGGCUCAGCUCAGUUCUCCAUCAUGGUGUCCACUCCUGCUAACCGUCAGAAGUUCAUCCAGUCUACGAUCAAAUUCCUGAGGACUCAUGGAUUUGAUGGUCUGGAUCUGGACUGGGAGUACCCUGGAUCUCGUGGAAGUCCUCCAGAGGACAAGAGGAGGUUCAGUUUGCUCUGCAAGGAACUUAUUGAAGCCUAUGCUGCUGAGGCCAAGUCCACCGGCAGACCUCAGCUCAUGCUGACUGCUGCAGUGUCUGCUGGAAAAGGAACCAUCGAUGCCGGAUAUGAGAUUGCUGAGAUUGCCAAACAUCUGGACUUCAUCAAUGUGAUGACCUAUGACUUCCACGGAGCUUGGGAACGUUUUACAGGACACAACAGUCCUCUGUAUCGCGGAUCACAUGACACUGGAGACCUCAUUUACUUCAACACUGACUUUGCUAUGAAGUACUGGAGAGACAACGGCACCCCAGUGGAGAAGCUGAGGAUGGGAUUUGCUGCUUAUGGUCGUACCUUCCGUCUGACAUCAUCAAACACUGGAGUUGGAGCCCCAGCUAGCGGACCUGCAUCAGCUGGACAAUUCACACGUGAAGCUGGAUUCUGGUCCUACUAUGAGAUCUGCACCUUCCUGAAGGGAACCACCAUUCAGUGGAUCAAUGACCAGAAAGUUCCUUAUGCCAGCAAGAACAAUGAGUGGGUGGGAUUCGACAGCAGAGAGAGCUAUGAGAUCAAGGUCCAGUACAUGAAGGACAUGAAGUAUGGUGGUGCCUUUGUGUGGGCUUUGGACCUGGAUGACUUCAAAGGAGAGUUCUGUGGAGAGGGAAGUCAUCCUCUUCUGUCCCAUCUGCGUAAACUCAUUGAUGUUGAGAUGCCACCUCUUCCAUCGACCACAACCAAGAGACCUGCUGUUUCUACCACAGCAGCUUCAACGACUAGAACCCCUAAACCUGUCGUUACCACUGGUAAACCAGUCUUCACCACCACACCCAAACCUGGCGGUACCACCACUGCUCCAUCCACAAAGACCACCAUCCCCAUUCCAGGAAGAGGCUUCUGUAAAGACAAAACAGACGGCACGUACGCCAACCCGGAUGACCGCACCAGCUUCUACGUCUGUGCAGGUGGCCGAACAUACCUGAGGAAAUGUGGAAAUGGCACUGUCUUCAAAGACAGCUGCAAGUGCUGUGUGUGGCCCUAAUAGUUUACUACGGGGUGACCAUUUGUGAAUUAUGCUCAGUCUGCCUCUACAAGCUGGAUGCCUUAAAAACACUUUUUUGUUCUUUUCAUUGUGAUGUUCAGAAAUAGACUUGUAAAGCAGAAAUGAAGUGAAAUAAAAAAAUAUGUAAAUCUGUUUGUUCCAUGAGAAUAAAAACUUAUUGACGGA